UUCUCAAAAUUUAAAAAAUUAAUUGAUCAUAAGUUAAUGAAUUUCCUUUGUUUAUCUUAAAUUAUAAUUGCAAUUUGCAUACACAAAUAUAAUUUCUCCCAACUCACACAAAAGGGGAAUGAAAAAAAAAGAAGCACAUAAAGUGGAAUGGGGAUGGGAUACGUUCCUUCCUUUUAUGGGGUUGUGAGAUUCACAACUCACUUCCUAGCAAUUGGAUACACUCUUUUCUUUUUGGGUAAAUACAAUUUAAUAUCCAAAUCUUUCAUUUUAAACAAUAUAAUAGUCAAACCUUUUCGAAAACAAUCUAAUAUCUAAAUCGUCAACUUUCCGUCCGUUUGAUCGUUGGUUGACACUUCAAAAAAGCUUUGUUUAGGGGAAAUUUUCACAAUACAACUUUGUUUUCUUGUUUUGGCAUAACAGAUGACUGAAUAUUUAGAUAUUCUAUACCAUCAUGGUGGAGUCAUGGAUUUCUCGGGUUUGGAACCACGAUAUGUUGGUAGUUUUUCAGAGAAGAUAUCGAUGGAUAUUGAUGAAGCAUCGUACUUCGAAUUUUUUUUAAGUGUCAACUAACGGUCAAACGAACGGAAAGUUGACGAUUUGAAUAUUAGAUUGUUUUCGAAAAUGUUUGGCUAUUAUAUUGUUUAAAAUGAAAGGUUUGGAUAUUAAAUUGUAUUUACCCUUUCUUUUUUUUCCAAAUUGAUGGUUAGGAUUAAAAUAAGAGUAUUUUUGGAAGGGAAAAAUACUACCACACUCAAUCAUUCUCCUCCCAUAUAAAUAAAUAAAAUCAUAACUCCUCCCUCUCUUCCUCCUCUUCUCUCCGGCAAAUGGCACCGCCGCCCUCCAUCCCUGUCGCCCUUCACCACCGCCGUCGCUCUUUACCCCCGCCGCCGCCCACCACACCCGUCGCCGCCUCCAUCCAUUCCUUUCGUGCCCUCCAUCGUCGCCAUCCCGCAAUCCCCCGCCUCCCUCCACCCCCUGCCGAGCCCUCCACCGCCUUCGCCUCCGCAAUCCUCCGCCUCCCUCAUCCCCUGUCGUUACCAGCUCUCCGCCCCCCUAUCGCCGCCGUCGUGCCUCCUCUCCUUGCAUCUUCCGGUGUGAGUCCCUCUGCCACUAUACUCUUCCUCUCCUUCCCUUCGUUUUUCAGAUCUGUGAUUUUUGGAUUUUCAAAUCUGUUUUUUUCUAGUGGUGGUGAUUUUCUUCUCGUAGUGGUACUAGAUGAAGUGGCACGCUACUAUUACCAUCUUAUAGCUGGUAGUGGUAGCAUUGUACUGGUAGUGGUACCAGUGGUAGUGGUUACGUACCACUAACGCAAUAACAGAGUGAUAAUUUUUUGCAGGUGGUCGGAGUGAGUCUGAUUCAAGAAUUUCGUCGGAGAAAGUCUGUCGGUCGAAAAAUCAGCCGGUCGGAGUGGAUUGGCUGCUGGAAAAGGAAGAGAGAGAGUUGUAUUUAUUGUAAGAUUUAAAUUUAAAAAAACAUGUAUUUAAUAUGGAUUUUUAAUUCUCAAUAUGUAAUUAAUACAAAAAAUUAAU